AUGCUCGCCCAGAGGUGUCGAGCUCACCUGCUCACACCAUCCAGGUCCACCCUCAGCCCCAGCACAGCCAUUGCACGCCGUCGGUGCGGUCUCAGCCAUGGCCUUCUCGCCGCUGCGGGCUCAGCUCCGGCUUCCAUCGGGUCGAGGUCGGGAGGCUCCCGCACCAUGGUGACCCUUCCGGACAUCUUCGACGGCACCGUCAACACCAUUGUCGCCGCGCACUCCGUCUCAGGCCUGCCCUGGUACGUUCUCAUCCCCGGGCUCGCCGCCACCCUCACCGUGUGCGCGAGGCUCCCCUUUAAGCGCCGCGAGAGGGAUGCCGCCAACAGGAUGGUGCGCCUGGGGGACUUGCGCCUCGCCUGGUACCGCAAGGCCGUGCGCCUCGGGCUCGACAACCCCCAGAAAAGGGCCGACCGCGAGUUUAGCCGCAUUCAAAAGGAGGCCGGCCUCGGUAUCUUUAGGCAGGCGGUUGCGCCUCUACUCCUCCAUCUCCCUGCCUGGAUCCUCCUCUCCCAGGCCCUCAGAGUCAUUGCCGGCCAAGGCAAGGCCGCGCCCCUAGACCCUUCCCUCGCGACGGAGGGCUUGCUGUGGUUCCCUGAUCUUACCGUCGCCGAUCCCACCUACAUCCUGCCCGCCAUUUUCGGCGCCAGCAUGCUGUAUAACGCCAUGCCUCGUUCUAUGGAUGAAGUUCGGAGGCUGUUCGACCCCAAGGUCUCGUCCUUCUCCAUCCGAGCCCGCCGCGCCCUUCUUUUUGUUAUCCCCUUCAUGAUGACAGCCGUUAUUUCAUUCCCCUCCGGCGUCGUUCUAUUCUGGGUUUCCUCGGCCGCCUCGAACCGCGUCCUGACCAUUGUCAUGGACAGGUUCUUCCUCCCCACCAAAUUACAAAACCCCCAGGCGGUAGAGCGUUAUGAAAUCGACCGUCUAGAUCGGCUAGCAAUAGGCGAGGAAACCGUUUGA